UCCACUUGGAAUAAGAUAAGUAAAAAGCGCGCGCACGCAUGACAGUCAGUAUGUAUAUAUAUCUCGCCGUUUCUAGCUAGCUAGGCAGCGACUCUCCACGCCGCCGAAGAGCUCUUUCUCCCCCGACUAGUCUCUCGGCAGCUCGUCUCCCUCCCUCUCCUCGCGCACCCAAGAGGCCAUCCAUCUUUCCUCCCCCGACCCCAUCCCCCUCCUCCUCCUCCUCUCGCACCUUAUCUUACUCGUUUAAAUACCUUGUCCUUCUCGGGCCUCCAGGAGAGAGAGAGAGAGAGAGAGAGAGGAACCAACCAGGAAGAAGGGCAGAGAGAGGGGGUGGGUGGAGAGAGAGGGACAAAAGCAUGGCAGUGCGGCCCGGCAUUGGCUGCACCAGCAGCAACGCCCUGGCACGAGCAGGAUCGCGGUGUCUGGCAGCGGCGUCCCACGCGUCCUCCUCCUCACCUGUCCUCCUGCACGUCAAUGGCGGCGGCGGCAGGCAGGCGCAUCUCCUCUCGCGCAAGGCCACCGGCAACGCCGCAGGCUUAUUAAGCGGGAGGACGAGGAGGCGAGGCCUAUCCGCCGUCGCGUCAGCGGCGACGGCCAAUGUCAGGCCGGCGUCGCCCCGCGGCGUCAGCGCCAGCGACGUCCUCUGGCCUUCCGCCGGCGCCUUCUUGGCGAUGGCGGUGCUGGGAAGGAUGGACCAAAUGAUGGCCUUCAAGGGAGUGUCAUUGACAAUUGCACCACUGGGGGCCGUCUGCGCCGUGCUCUUCACCGCUCCAGACUCACCACCUGCCAAGAAAUAUAACAUGUUCAUCGCUCAGAUUGGUUGUGCGGCCAUCGGUGUGCUAGCCCUUUCGUUGUUCGGGCCCGGAUGGCUAGCAAGGGGUGCAGCUCUUUCUGCAUCCAUAGCAUUCAUGACCAUCACAGGCUCUUCGCACCCUCCAGGUAAACCCUCAACAGAAAUACUGAAUUUGUCUUACUUAACUCUUAUUUAUAUGUGCCUUCUUUUUUUCAGCUACAAAAUGCAGCAAAGAAAUAUUUUGAGCUCACCUCUUUUUAUGAUAACUGCAGCUGCGAGCUUGCCUCUCCUGUUUAUUGAUGGUCCGAAGUUUCACCACUUACAACUUUGGUAUGCACUUUUCCCUGGGGCUGCCGGCUGCGCCAUCCUUUGCUUGAUUCAAGAAGUGGUGGUUUACCUGAAGAAGAACUGCAAGUUUUGAUUCAAGCGGUGGCUUUUCCUGAUUCUUGAUGGUUGUUUGAUUAUUAUCAAACCUGAGGCAUACAUAAGUUGACGAAGCGGCCUUUGGAUGAAGUUGAUAAAUGUAGAUUUAGUCUUCUUGGUUCAUUUACCAAGGAAAAGUAGUAGGAAAAGAAGCUGAUUCUGCUUCAUAAUUGUUAUUGAUCAUUGGUUCACAUCAUGAAAAUGUGAAGUACAUAUAUACCAAUCCGAAUGGAGCGUGAUAUUUCGACA